AUGACAGUCCCAAAGCAUAAAGUUCUUAUUUUGAAAACUCCAGCAAGACCUGAAUUAGCUGAUCAUAUUCCAGAGUUUGAGCAAUUCAAAAAGUAUUUUGAUGUCCAGAUCAAAGAUGUUACAACAAAAGAGGACUUGAUUGAAUCAUUUGAUAAAGAUUAUCAUGACGUUUCAGGCUUGUGGAUAACUGGUUAUUCUAUAUGGAAAGUUGGUGGAUUAAGUACAGUUAUGGAUCAUCUUCCUAAGAAUUUAAAAGUUGUUGUUUAUCCAUGGGUUGGUUACAUGCAAGAUGAAGCUGAUAAAUUGAAAGAGAAGGGAAUCAUAUAUUGUAACGUUGGUGAUGUUUCUGCAAACGAUGUUGCUGAUAUUGCACUAAACUUGACAUUAUCUGCAUAUCGUUUCACUUCAUAUUUUGAACAUCAAGCUAGACAACAAUUAACAAUUUUACCAGCAAGGAUGAUAUUGGGGAGUCAAUCUUUCGAUUCAAAGACUGGUGAGCCUGAGGCACCUCCAGAUUCUGCAAACUUGUCAAAAAAUAUGAGUCUUGGUGGGAAAAAAAUUGAAACACCAGCUGGUAAAAUAGCAGGAAUCGUUGGAUUAGGAAGUAUUGGUGCUGCAAUAGGUAAAAGGCUAUCAGCAAUUGGAAUGGAAAUUAGAUACACCAAAAGAACCCCUUUAAGCCAUGAAGAUCAAGUAAAAUUAGGUUAUGAGGCUAAAUACUAUUCAACUUUCCAUGAGUUGAUACCAGAAGUUGACUUGAUUGUAUUUGCAGUUCCUCAUUCACCAAGUACUAAACAUUUGAUCAAUCCAGAAACUAUCAAACUAGUCAAACCAGGUGUUAGAAUAGUGAAUAUUGGUCGUGGGUCAGCUAUAGAUGAAGAUGUCAUGUUUAAGGCAUUAGAUGAUGGAACAAUCAAUUCUGUUGGACUGGAUGUUUUCGAAGGUGAGCCAAGUAUUGAUCCUAGAUAUCAAAACAGAUGGGAUGUGACUAUCACUCCACACAUUGGGAACUUGACCACUGAUAAUAACGUGGAAUCCAACAAGAGAUGUAUGGAAAACAUAGUCAAUGUACUGAUUGAGAAUGGGCCAGGAAUCAGCCCAAUCAACUGA